CGCAGGCUUUAUUGAAGCUGUUGGGUUUAACGGCUGCUCAGGGAAAUAGGUUAUAUAUGUAAAUCUAUCAUCUACAAAUUCAGCCAAAGCAAACAGCUAAACAAUGGCCACCGUCCUUUACCUGUCCAUUUUCCUCCUCUUUCUUGUUCUAGUUUUCAAAUUGUUUUUACAGUCAGGGACAAAAUACAGAAGCCUCCCUCCGAGCCCACCUUCUUUUCCCAUCAUCGGCCAUCUCCACUAUCUUCGUAAGCCACCCAUUCACCGCACUCUUCACAGACUCUCACAAAAAUACGGUCCAAUUUUCUCCCUCUGGUUCGGAUCCCGCUUAGUGGUGAUCGUCUCUUCAUCCUCACUUGCAGAGGAAUGCUUCACUAAACACGACGUCGUCUUCGCCAACCGCCCGUUAUUUCUCACUGGCAAACACAUAGGUUACAAUAACUCCACCGUGGCGGCCUCCCCUUACGGCGACCACUGGCGCAACCUCCGACGCAUAUGUACCCUCGAGAUCUUCUCAUCGAACAGGCUUAAUUUGUUUUCACACAUUCGAAAAGACGAGUUACAGCACUUGCUGAAAAAAUUGUCCAAGAAUUCGCUCAACGGAUUCGUAGAGGUAGAGUUGAGGCCAUUGUUGACUGAGUUAACCUUCAAUAACAUGAUGCGAAUGAUUUCAGGGAAGCGAUACUAUGGUGAUGAAUUGAGUAACGACGAAGAGGCAAAGAAAUUCAGGAAUAUUAUAGGAGAGAUAUUGGAGAACAGCGGGGUAUCGCAUCCGGCGGAUUUUUUGCCUAUUUUGGGUUGGAUGGGUGGUGGGGGUUACGAGAAGAAGUUGAAGAAGCUUGGUGGAAAGGUAGAUGCGUUUCUGCAAGGUUUGAUAGAAGAGCAUCGAUUACAGAAGGAGAGUAGAAACACCAUGAUCGAUCAUCUUCUUUCUUUGCAAGAAUCACAGCCUGAAUACUACACUGAUCGGACAAUCAAAGCACUCAUACUGGUUAUGCUCACAGCUGGAACCGACACAUCGUCCGUCACAAUAGAAUGGGCAAUGUCAAAUUUGCUUAACCACCCAGAUGUACUGAAGAAAGCUAGAGAAGAAUUAGACAGAGAAGUUGGUGAAGAACAGUUGAUUGAGGAAGCAGAUCUUGGAAAGCUAAAUUACCUUCAAAACAUUAUAUCCGAGACCUUCCGAUUAUAUCCGGCAACUCCUCUUCUCCUCCCUCACAUGGCAUCUGAAGCUUGCACUGUAGGGGGCUACAAUGUACCACGUAACACAAUUUUAUUGGUCAAUUCAUGGGCCAUUCACAGGGAUCCUCAGCUCUGGCCUGAUGCCGCAAGUUUCCAGCCAGAGAGAUUUGACGAUGGAGAAGGCGACAGUAAAAAGCUAAUGCCUUUUGGAAUGGGAAGAAGAGCUUGUCCUGGGAACGGGCUGGCCCAGCGCAUGGUGGGCUUGACAUUGGGGGCAUUAAUCCAGUGUUUUGAGUGGGAGAAAGUUGAUGAAAAUGAAAUUGACAUGAGUGAAGGAAAAGGGCUCACCAUGCCCAAAGCUCACCCUUUGCUGGCAAUGUGCAAAGCACGGCAAAUCAUCAAAAAUGUCAUCUCUAUUUAAACAAAUAAUAAGGAUGUAAUAUAUAUUAUUAUAUGAUUGAAUAAUUCUAAAUUAAAAAUAAAAUAAUAUUUAAUUA